AGAAUAUACGUCAACUGUUGUUCAGUUUUCUGAUUACAUACUGUAAAAAUCGACAGAAAUUUUACCGCUAAAUUUGCUCAAACUUUUGCUGACAAUUUGCCGUCUGAUUCCGGUUUUAGAAUUGAGUCGUUUUCUUUUCCUUGACGAGAACUUGCUACUAAACUGACAGGAAAUCUCCAUGGCUGCAGUAUGGAGGGUAGGGCAGACCCUUACCCUCUAUAGUUAUAAAGUAACGUUGGAGGUUGUCUUCAAAUUAUUUAUACUCAGGCAUGUUUCAGUUAUGGGGUAUAGUUGAAUCUAUAACAUGAUGACAAAGAUAUGAAAUAGUUCAUAGUAAUGUAUCUUAAAUAAAAUUUAAAUUAUGGCCACUUGGAAUUAUUGGAAGAAAAUUCCUUAUAGAUAUUUACUCAUCAGUAUUUUUAUCUUAUUCAUUUUUUCUUGUAUCUUAAGUACUUUGCCUUUGAACUCAGAUAACUGUAGCUGUAAUGAAAAAACUUAUCGCUCCAUGAAAGUAUCGGACUAUGUUGUGAAACGAAACAAACUAUCACAGAAUAAGCUUGCAGUUCUCGUACCAUUUCGUGAUCGUUUCGAAGAACUACUGCAGUUUGCCCCUCAUAUGAAACAAUUUUUAGAUAACCAAAAUAUUGAUUAUCAUAUAUUUAUACUGCAUCAGGUAGAUAAGUUUAGAUUUAAUAGAGCCUCUCUUAUUAAUGUAGGGUUUAUUUUUAUUAAAAGUGACUUCGACUAUAUUGCCAUGCAUGACAUAGAUUUAUUACCUCUGAAUAAUAAUUUAUCAUAUGGGUUUCCUGAUGAUGGACCUUUUCACAUAUCUUCUCCAGAACUACAUCCCCGCUAUCAUUAUCCAACUUUUAUAGGAGGAAUUUUACUCGUCUCAAGAAAACAUUAUUUAAUGGUUAAUGGAAUGUCAAAUAAAUAUUGGGGUUGGGGUUUAGAAGAUGAUGAAUUUUAUGUAAGGUUAAAAGAAGCUAACUUAAAAGUAUAUAGGCCACAAAAUAUAUUAACUGGAUCACAAAAUACUUUCAAACAUAUUCAUGACAAAAAUAUUCGAAAAAGAGAUACAAUCAAAUGUUUUAAUCAGCGGGAAAUCACGAGAAAACGAGAUCGCCAAACAGGCUUAAAUAAUGUAUCAUAUAAAAUAGAACAAGUAAUAAAUGUUACGAUAUCUGAUGUACCUUUAACUGUUUUGAAUAUUGCCUUGAAUUGUGAUAAAACACUCACACCUUGGUGUGACUGUACAAAAACUAAUGAAAAAAAAAACUCCAUAAUGUAAAAUUUUUCAAAUUAUUUUUCUUUCAAUUCGACUAAAGUCAAUUCUAAAAAAAUAUUAAUAAAAUUAUUUUCACAAGAACAAAAAAAAAACGCAAACAGAAUUAUGACAUUUUAUAAACUGUUUAUCCAAUAAAAUCUGUAUCGGACUUUCGAAACAUAAUUUGUCGAAAAUUUUUCAUAGAAUUAAUCAAAGCUUACGAUUCUACACUUCAGAGUAGAAUUGAUCGAUAAAUGAGAUUAAACAUUUGGGAAAUUAAAAGUACACACCACAAAUGCUCAUAUUUAUGAUAAUAAAACGAUUUUCAAAAAUAUACGCCAUUUUCACAAGUAGUCUGGAAAAAAUUCGUCAAUUACCAGAUGUAUCUGGUCAAUUUAUAUUGAGAUUCAUACGUUCAGAGAUAAAAGGUCGCCCGAGUGUAGAAUACCAACGAGUCUGGUGAUGAAGAUUAACAAAUGUACUUUUUUUUAAUCAACUGUACAUGUCCCAAUAAAAGAACAGGAAUUUUUACACCCGA